UGUGAGUCCCGCUGAUUCGGCGGGGGACGACGCACUCAUGACAUCAGCAUUAUUGCUUUCUAUGUAUCGAGUUGAGGUUAAAUGCAACUUUAUAAGUAUUAGUACGUAUAGAAUAAUAUAUAUAUGGCAAUGAAUAGGUAAUAUCUACGUAUAAUCUCAUCCAACUAAUACCAUUUAUGCUCUUAUUAUACCAGCAUCUAAAAGGAUAUAAGUGAGGCACAUAUCACUUAUACAAGCCAGUAUCGGUUUAAAUAAGACACCAUUCUGAACUCUCAAGAUAAGUAAGACCAUGGCGACAAAUCCACACGUCCCCGGCGGCCCAGUCCCAACCGAGGAUACAAUCCUCGAGACCGGCGCAUCUAUGAUCCAAAACUUCCAACCUACGAAGCAACUCUGCGCACACCUAAACGCCUUCCACACAUACUCCGACGAGCCAGGCCGCUACGUAGAAGCGAACCACUAUUGCGCUCACCUAACCGAAGACGUCCGGCAAUGCAUCCUCUACGAUAGUCCCGAGCCCAACGCCCGGCUUAUAGGCAUCGAGUACAUGAUCACGCCCAAGCUGUACGAGACUCUACCCGCUGAGGAGCGGAAGCUAUGGCACUCGCACGUCUACGAGGUGAAAUCCGGCAUGCUAAUCAUGCCGGGGCCGACGACCAUACCUGGCGCGCAGCAGGUCUGGGAGGCUGCCGAGACGCAGGAGGUGAAGCGCGUAAUCGGCUUAUACGGCAAGGUCUACCACUUAUGGCAGACAGAUCGGGGCGAUGCUCUCCCGCUUGGCGAGCCCAAGCACAUGACUAGCUUCACGGCCGACGGCCAGUUCGAUUUCGAGAAGGCGGUGGGCGACCGCGACAGGAGAUUCGGUUGCGACUGGAAGCGCAAGAAGGAGCUGAGGAAGGAUAUCGAAGUGCCUAAGCUCCAUCCGGACGCCGAUUGGCCUUGGAAGAGACGUAAUUCGAUGUAGGCCUCAGAGCUGAAAAGAGGGAGAGAUAACGAGCAAAACGUGAAAUUGCAACAACAAUUAAUUCUCAAUUAUUAGUCACAUCAGUGAUAUUUUACGGGGGCGUCUAGCAGAGAAGAUAAUCUCAAGGUUUAUUUCGCAAUUACGCGAUGUGUG